AUGGCUGCGCCAGUCCUUCAGCCCUCAGCUGCGUGCCUACGCUACUUGAGAUCAAGUACAGUCUUUCAUCGAUCUUCUCUCCUUUCGUCAGCAAAACCCAUCUCAUACCAAUCGAGACACUCCCCCACAACCGCCACCCAUCAGACACUUUCAAGAUGCAGCACCCGUUCAUUCACCACUACACCCCUCCGCCACAACUGGCUACAACCAGCGCGGCCCGAGACCAAGAAAUCCAUGUAUGGGCGACCGCGGAUGCCGACCGGAGGCUCGACUCGUGGGACCACGGUUGUCUGGGGCGACUACGGGCUGCGGAUGAAAGACCACGACCGAAACAUAUCCGCAGCACAGCUUCGGGUUGCCGAAGCCACGAUCCGUCAACGCCUACGAGGUCUGCGAUAUAAGAUGUUCACACGCGUCAGCGCCAACAUUGGCGUCUACAUCAAGGGCAGUGGCGUGCGUAUGGGUAAAGGAAAGGGUAAAUUCGACCAUUGGGCCGCGCGUGUCCCUGUGAGCCGUAUCGUGUUGGAGUUGAAGGGCGACAUGCACGAGAAGGUCGCUAGAGAUGCUUUCAGAUUGGUCGGUCUCAAACUACCGGGCAUGUGGGAGUUUGUCAAGAAAGGGGAUCCGCCCGUGGUCGGCCUGGUCAAGCUCGGUAAUGGUGUCACGUUGCAGUCGCUGAAGGAAGCCAGGAGACCCGUCGAGCCGAAAGACAAGACGGACGAGUCGCAGUCGAUUAUCCCUCCUACGAAUGAUGUGCCACCUCUCACAGUGUCUAGGGAAUUGGAUCCGCCAUUGAAGACGACCCCAUCUGUAUCACUAUAA